AACUCCAACAGUUACACUCAUCCAUUUGAGAAAAAAACAACAGAAACAAAAAAAUUACAACAAAACCAGCACAACGGUUUUCUGUUUUGGCAUAGCUUUCUGGUAAACCAACUUCUUCUCACACACCUGGGAAUGCAUUUGUAGCUUCAGUGCCUGCUCUAUCAGUCAGGCAAAACCAGACAGCAGGCACAGCUUGCCCUGUGGGAGGGAGAGGGGCCAGUGACUGGCUGUUGUGCACGGGGACAGCCUCUGAUGCUGACCUUGGCUGGCUGGAAUCAACGAGGGCAGCAUCUUCAGCAUCUUCUGAACACCUGACCUUGAGCAGGGCUGGCUGUGCUCUGAGCUCCCAGCCCAGCAGGGGAACUCAGCGCUGGCACUGUAAGGUCCCGGUCGGGGCUCUGGAGCCCACAUUUGCCCACUUGGGAUUUCUCCAUCUUGACUUGGCCAGAUCUGAUGUGUGUCUUUAGAGGGAAGACUGGGGAAGGCUUUGGUGUUUUUUUUGCCUCUUGUCAGCUCAGGGACCUUUGCCUUACUCUCCCAGUGUCACUGACCUCUGCCAGCAGCUGCUGCCUGUCUCGCCCAUCUUGCUGUUCUUUGCCCUGCCAAACUUUGAUCUCUCUGUACACCAGCUGUGGAUGCUGUCUAUACUCACUAUGAGCUUUUAGGGGCUGGUGGAGAGCUUGCUCUAGAUGCUGCCCCUUGUGGGUUCACAAUCUGUUCCUUCUUUCUCUCCCCCUCAGUCCUUGGCUGGAUACAUUUUAGUUUUUCAUAUACCAUCUCUACCUCCAAGUACCUCUUCAAACUCACACUUGGAACCCUCACACUUCUCAGCAGCCUCCUGCAGGUAAGAAGAUACCAUUUCCCAACCAAUCCCUCUCCUCAAAUGCCCACCUCAGUGCUGGGUGGGGGUGAGGCUGCUGUGCCUCAGGCUCUUGUUGCCUGCAUGGCACAGUGGGCUACACCCAGUGUUGGCUGAGCAGACCCUUGAGGAGCCAUGCAGCAGGAGCACAUCUGCCCUGGGCGAGCCACAACAGCUCAGCAGCAGCUGCAGUGGGUGAGGUGCAGGCAGAGCACUCUUGCAAAUGUGCAGGGGGUCUCUGCUUGUCUGAGCAUCUCUGCUUCCCUUUCAGUUUGACAUCCACAAGGACCCACAUGUGCAGAACACUGAAGAAAUGGCACAGGAUGCUGAGCGGAGCCGUGUGGGGAUCUGCCCUCCACCAGCCUGUGGGGCAGCAAAAGGAUCUCCCCACUGCCUUCACAACAACGAUCGCUUUAGAGGAAAACCAUCUCCACUGCAGCAGUGCACGUGUCCUGGCUGUAAUCCUCCCAAAAAAGGAGCACGAGGUGCCCCGGGCUCACAGCAGUACCCUGGAGCACAAAGGAUUUACUGCCCAUGCAGAACACACUGCUCCAGGGCGCAGAGAGGAACUAGAUUUGCCUAUACCCUGCCACACUCCAACCAUGAUUUGUAUCUGCUCACGUUGAUUUGUAUCACAAGCAGUCUUCAUUUCAGUGAAUUUGCAAAAUAUCAGCAUCUGCCCGGAGAGAGGCAGUGCAAGGAUUCAGCUCACUGCUGCUGCGUGGGCAGUGAAAGCCUGUGUUCUCAUCACCAACAUCUCCAUCCCUCACUGCGAGCCACUCAUUUCAGGUCCAGGCAGGAACUCAGCUGUCCAAGGAGAACAGAGAACCCGUGCUCCCUACAGGUUGGCAGGGGAAGGCACUGCAGCAACGAAGCGCCUGGACCAGAAGUAUUCCUCCCAUGGCCAGCCUGGCUCCGGUUGGUACACGUGGCUGUUCUGAGGGACACACAAGACGUGGGGAUGGGCUGUUGCUGCCAUGCCAAGGAGAACAGAGGCCAAAGAAGAAUUGAAAAGCCUGUUUGGCUGAAGCAGCACGCUGUUGUGCCAUGCGGGUCACCGUGCAGACAGCCCAGGAGAUAACAGCAAAUUAUUGACAGUGGUCAUUACCUGCAGCUUCCAGAACCUUCUGGCUAUCUAAACUCCUGAAGAAAAUUAGGGAGAUUAAUUCUUUCUUCAGUGAAAAGAUUAAUAACUCUAAUUAAUUGAGGGUAAGAAAACCAUAUUUCAGGGUAUGCUGAAAAAAUAAACUGUAAACCCUACAGAGGAGCAAAAAGUAAUGAUAAAGGACCCUGAGCUUUUGGGAAUGACAAGAAUACAGAAGUGGGCACAGAAGUCACAAGAAAGCUUGGGGAGCAUGCAGUGGGCUGAUAUGGAGGGAAGAAUUGCACCCAUCCGCACCAGCUGCAGUGCAUGAAACAGGACUGGGAGUUGAAUAUCAUCAGGAGGAGGUUUGUAUGAUAAAUUCCUGUAAAAUAAGCAACUACUGCUCCUCUGGGCAUUUAACUGAGCACAACGCACUUGCCCGGACGCUCUGCACCAGCCCCUGCAGACAGGUUGCAGCGAGGGCUGUGCCACCAGGGGCUGCAGGGACAGUUUGUGCUCGGACUUUGCUACUGACCGUGGCCAACAGCUUCUGGUAAGACAGGAAGGGGGGAGUCUUGACUGUUUCAGGCAGCUGCGGGCUACAUGGAGAAACAAUACUAGGAAAGAGAAAGGGAAAGCAUGUGACAGAAGGGUAAUUUCUGCACAUGUGUAAAUCAAACCAAUUAAAAGCAGCUAGAACCAGGUUCUAACGUGAUUUUCAGCUUUAGAACAGAGUUGAUUGGAAAGCUCCUUUUUCUCCAAACCGUUAAUUUUAUUCUUUUUUUUUUUUUCUUUGGAGAGAAGGUUGUUGCAAAACACCAGGAUCUCAUGGGCCAUUGCAGGUUUUUUAAGCAGGAAGUCAAUCUGACUUCAAAUUUGAUGCUCCAUUCCCUGAGAUACUUCUUCCUCUUAUCUAUCUCCUCUUUAAGAGAAGCCAGUGACUGGCUGUUGUGCACAGGGACAUCUUCUGAUGCUGACCUUGGCUAGCUGGCACCUGCCCAAUGAGGGCAGCAUCUUCAGCAUUUUCCAAAUGCCUGACCAUGAGCAGCAUCCCUCUCACAGGAUCUGUCAGCUCCAUGUCAGAGCUCUGAGAAUGGCUGUGUGACAGCAAAUACAUGGUUUGAAAAUGUCUUUGGUGCUGCCCUGUUGUAUAAGCCAUGUCUGCUGGAGCGGCCUCAGAUGUGCCAAAGGGAAAGGUUCAUGAAUGCAGGAGCCAGGUGCUUGUGUCCAGAGUGGAGGAGUGCAGCAGUGCUGUUAGUGGGAAGGCAGAGGCUGUUGGUGAGAGGAGCAGAGAGCAACUUCUUCAGUGAGAUGAAGGCAGAGAGGAAACAAACAUUGCAGGAGCAAUAGGUGCACUGAGUUGGAGGACUGUUUGUGGUGAUGAUCAAAUCCCAGCCAACCUCAAUCUUGUAGGUGCAGUAUUUGCUGCUCCACUUGGAUAUAUAUAAGACCAUAGGACCCCAUGGCAUUCAUCCCAGGGUAUUCAGAGAGCUGGCCAGUGUCAUUGCAGGACCUCUCUCAAUGAUUUUUCAAUGGUCUUUGGAGAAGUUCCAGGUGAUGGGAAGCUGUCAAACUUUCCAGUAUUCAAGAAGGUCUAGACAGAAGACCCUGGUAGUUACAGGCCUGUCAGUCUCACUUCAGUGCCUGGUAAAAUUAUGAACAAAAUUAUGCUGGGAGUUACUGAAAAACACUUGCAGGACAAUGUGGUCAUUGGUCACAGCCAACACAGGUUCCUAAGGGAAAGGUCCUAUUUAUCUAACUUAAUUUCCUAUUAUAACAAGGCCAUCCACCUAGAUGAGGAAAGGAAGUCAGCUGAUGUUAUCCUUUUGGAUUUCAGUAAAACUUUUCAUACUGUUUCUCACAGUAUCCUUCUGGAACAGCUGUCCAGCAUACAGUUAGACAAAAACACCAGGGUCACUUCCAACUCAGGAUCUUCUACAUAUGAUAUCUAUAUGACUCUAUGAUUCCAUUCUUUGUACAUGUCCUGUUUUUCUCUCUGUUCUUACAUCUGCUCCAGGGCCUUUCAGCACACCCAUAGGAGCAGAGGAGCAGCUCAGCCCCAGGCAUUGCCACCUGUCAGCAUCAGACCACCAGAGCUGGGUACAGCCUGAAGGCCUGCACAGAAAUGCAGAGAGAACAGAGGGAAGCGGCUCUUAAAUAAGGUGCCUCCAUCCUCCUCUCCCCUCUGCUCCUGAAAUGCUAGAGCAUUUCCUCCUCCCAGGUAACAGUGAUAAAACAAGAGGGGGUGGCCUUCAGUUGCACCGGGGGAGGUUCAGGUUGGAUCACAGGAAAAAUUGCUUCUGAGUGGCGACGCCCUGGCACGGGGUGCCCAGGAGGGCUGCAGUCACUGUCCUGGAGGCGUUCAACACCUGUGGAGAUGCGGCACUGAGGGCUGUGGGAUGGGUCGGUGGGAAUGGUGGCAAAGUGUUGGGGUUGUACCUGAUGAUCUUAGAGGUCUUUUCCAACCUUAAUGAUUCUGUGCUUGCCUCCCUUCUGUUUCCAGGAGGAACAAAGGUCUGACUCAAAUGUUGAGGGAAGGUGAGAACUUGGGCAGUGCUGGAGCAGGGAGAAAGUGACACGGGGCCAUGCUUUGAGGACGGAGGGCCCCAGAUGUCAUCUCAAGAAAUUUCUAGAAAGGACCGACAGAAAGAAAAGUGAAACCGGCUACAGAUGGAAGCCGAGGGCCGCAGCUCUCAGCCGCCGCUCUUCCCGUUCCAGGAGGGCUGCCUACUUGCUGCGCUCAGCUCCGGCUGCGGCUCUGGGGAUCCCCAGGGGGCCGGGCGGCCCCGGCAGUGCAGGAAGCAGAGCUGUAAGCCGAAGGGGCACCGCGCCCUCGCGGGAAGUGCCGGCAGUUCCCAGUCCCCGCCCAGCCAGCUCAGCGCCGCGGCUCUUCUCGGCCCGGCCUUCGCCCUGUUAAAUCCUGCGUUUGCAGACGCCAUGGCGGAGCCGCGGGUGCUGAAGGCGUUACAGGAGGAGCUGAUCUGCUCCGUCUGCCUGGACGUUUACAGGAACCCUGUGUCCCUCAGCUGUGGCCACAGCUUCUGCGAGGAGUGCAUCCAGGGGCUGCUUCGCAGUCAGCGUUGCCCGCAGGGCCUCGUCAGCUGCCCGCUGUGCAGCGCCCAGGAAGCCCUUCCUACGAAGCUGCAGCCCAACAUCCAGCUCCGCAGCGUAGUGCAGAAGUUUUUGGACACCAGUGAGCAAAAUGCCGCUCUUGAAGAGAAACUAAAACGUGAAGUGGAAUGUGAAGAGAAGGGAGAAAGUUCGGACCUGCAUGAUGAGGAGAUCAUGUGUGAUUUCUGCCUCGAGAAGCCUCAGCCAGCAGUGAAGACGUGCAUGAACUGCGAGACCUCCCUGUGCCAGGCCCACCUGGGCAAGCACAGCACAAAGGCUUUCCUGACAAGCCACGUCCUGGUGGAGCCCUGUGAUGCUCGUGUUUUGGCAGAAAGGAGAUGCGCCCAGCAUGGCAAGCUGCUGGAAUGCUACUGUGUGACGGACUCGGUCUGUGUCUGCAUGCUGUGCUGUGCCACCAGCUCCCACAGGAGCCAUGAAAUCAUCAGUGUGGAAGAGGCUUUUGGCCAAGCACAGAGUGAUUUCCCUAAAAUUGUGCAAACACUGAAAAAACAUGAAACUGCAGUGAAUAAAAACUUGGAAAAUCUGCUGUCACAACAGGAGAAGAUAAAGGCAUUGGAAAGAUUGCACAGGAAUCAUGUGGAGCACUCCUUCAGGUUGAUUUGUGAGCAGCUGGAUAGAAGCAAAACGGAGAUCCUGGGAGCCAUCAGUGACAUUGAGGAGCAACAGCUUUCUCAGAUUGAGCCGUGGAUAAAAGAACACAAAGAGAUGAAGGAUGCCGCCAGCCGCAGUGUGCAGGAGUUGAAGGCUUUGAGGGAUCAGAAGGAUCCCGUACUCUUCCUUAAGGGUUUGUCAGCAAUACAAGCCAGGAAGAGGAAACAAGUUCCUAAUAAAGAUGGCACAGAACUGGCAGAGCAGCUCGCUAUUAUGGAUGAAUCAAUGAAGAACAUCAUUCAAGAGCAUUUCCAGCCUUAUGACCACUUAAUCUUGGAUGCAGAGUCCUCAAUGGAAUCGUCAUUUGCUCAUGAACAUCUGACUUUCCAAUCACGUCAAGCAUGUGGACUACAUGUAGAUGACACGGUGCUCAGAAUAGCUGGGCCAUCUUACCCAUUUUCUGUGCUAAUUGAGAUGCCGUUCUGGGUGUACAGCACCAGCUGCUUCUCGAGUGGCCAGCACUUCUGGGAGGUGAUCACCCGUGACUCAUUGUACUGGAAAGUGGGUGUCACUGAUAACAGUUUUCAAUGCUACCUGGAAAUGUCGCCUCAGCAUCAUCUCCGUGUGUUUCUAGAUAAAAGACAGAUUAAAGUCCAUUUGCUUAACACAGCCAUCAGAAUGGUCAGGGUACAACUAGACUGCGAAAGAAAGACAGUGUCAUUUUUUGAUGUGUCUGUCAAGGAUUAUUUGGGCUCUUCUAGGAGCUGUGUGCCCAUAGCUGCAGUAAUCAUCCCUGCAAGCUCUCCUGUCUAUGCUAUCUUCAACAUUUCUCAUGGCUCCCUUUCACUCACAUAGUGACCUGGGGGAAAGGCUGCCUUGCCUUUCUGCUCCUUGGUUCUCUAUAUUUUGGGGCUGCAGCUGCACAGACUCUGCCACACUGGCACAGUAUAAGCCAGGCUUCAGGCCUGCUCCUGAGCUAUAAUAAGGUCUUUUGCAGCUGUGGGCUGAGUGAGAGAAUGAGAAAAUGAGGCUCUACCAUCAAAUACAUCUCAGGUUUUUAGUACUUCUGUUUCAAGUAUUGUACUUUUGCUGAACUGUAUGGAUUGCUGUGUUGGAUGGAUAUUAUUAAAGUAAUUUUGUUCACAAAA